AUGAAACAACUUCUAACAUUGUGGCUCUUGGCGCUCUUUCAGCUGCAAAACUGUCUGGACUCCUUUGAGGACAUUGAUGACACGAAACCCAUACCCACAAUUGAGGUAGAACGCGUCAAGAUCCACGGAGAGCGAAAGUAUGUACUUGUCGGAAGUAGAAUUCACAAUAAUCGCACUCAAUUUGACGUCUAUAUAAGUGUGAUUCGAGAACUGGGCAGUAACAAUCUUAUAAUGAAUAGCAAUAUGCGUGCAAAGUUCGAGGGAGAAAUGGAUUUUAAGAGGAUUUUUGAGAUGAAACUAUUGGAUUUUUGUGGCUGGUUAACCGAAUACAAGGAGAACUUUUUCGUGCGAGCUUUUUUUAAGAAAAGCAUGAAAUUAAGCGAUAUUAUAGUGUGUCCCAUUAGAGCGGGAAACUAUUCGCUGACCAAUAUCAAUAUGGCUGAUAAUGUAUAUCCGCAGAAUCUGGUGCCAGGCAAUUACAAGUAUUUCCUUGAGAUUGUCGAGAUCACCGGGGAUGUGCCCAAGGUAUUUGCAUUGCAGGUGACCACAAAAAUAUAUAUCAAGUCAACAUAG